GAAUACAGUUCAUAUCAAUAAAACAUACUAGAGUACUUAUUAAAUUUAAACAUAAUAGGAAAUAUAAUAAACGAUCAGUUUUAUUAGAACACAUUUCUCCUGUUGUAUUUCCAGCUGAUAGUGCUUUAUUUGUUGCCGUUUUAGGCUUAACCAUUUUUGAAUAACAUAUUUCUUUAAUUAGUUUCGCAUAUGCACAAUUUUUGCUAUAUGUCAAAUGGUCUUUAAUUGCUACAUCCCCUACUUUCCAUUUAUAAAUUUCCAGAUUACACCAAAAACAUCGCACAAUAUCACUCUCGCCUGUGUAAUAGAAACCAGCCAAAGCGAGUUCUGCAGGAUCUACAUUACCAGUGAAUUCUUCGAACGACAAUAAACGUUCGUCAAAAGUAUUGUAUGAAUGAUAACAAUAUAUACCAUUCAAGUCUUCAAUACACAUUUUAUUGUGACUUAGAUGCGAUUCAAUUUAAUAUUGCUUUUUUACUGAUGGUAGUAGCAACUUACGGUAUAUAUAUAUACAGUUUUGAAAAGGGGGGAGGUAAACAUAUACAAAUUUAACAUAUAUAAAUAUAUUUAUAAAUUAAAUACAAAUUGACUAACUUAUACAACUUGAAGAAAUCUUUAAUUUAUUUCUUAAAAUUUGUUGUUCUUCCUUGAGGCACCAGCAAAUUCUAAAGUGUAAUUCUUCGUUAAUAUAUGUAUAACCAGUGUCUUCACACAGAAAUGUUACUUUAUCCAUACACAUACUACAAAUAUUAUUCCAAUAAUAUUUCCCUGUGUCAUCACAAACUAAACAUCUUUGCUUCAUACAGAUAUUUGUACUGAGGCAUUUACUACAUACAUUUCGGCAAAUUCCAAAAUUAGUAUUCUUUAAAACUUCACCACACUUUACACAAACCUCACCAUUAAAAAAUCGUUUCUGGGGUUUCUGAAUUUCCACGGGAUUCAGUUUUCUACAUCCACCACAUAGGCCGGAAAAGCAACUAAAAUCAUUUAUAAACCAUGCCCUCCAGCAAUUAUGACAAACUCUGGCGUCAUCUCUUCUAAAUGGGAAAGCCACAACUUUUAUUUUUUUAUCCCAAGCUUUUGGAAACGGCAUUGUAAACACUAAAGCAAAGCAUAUAUAUCUUACUACUUAUAUAGGUUUACCGCUGUUAUGUCAUCCACUGAUGAAGGAGUUGAACAACUGCAUAAUCCGAUGAGGUUUAGAAUAGCCAGUUACCGUUUCUCAAGUAAACACCACCACAUCGAUCCUUCAGAAUUUUUCACAGAAAUUUAUCCUAAAGUACUUUCCGUCGCUUCAAAAUACCUUUCAAAAUGGUGCGCUUUGAAAGUAAAUUUCGAAUUGUUUGCUGCAUAUAUAAUACCUGGCAAAGACAUGUUCGAUCUCAAAUCUUUUAAUACUGAAAAUCAAAUUAUAACAAUUUCAUCUGAUUUAUCUAAAUUAUAUGAAGAAUUAAUUAAAAUAAUAAUAAAAAAAAUGUCUGAAUUCCAAGAGCGUGAUUCAGGAUGGUCUUUGCAACAAAUUAUGUUCUUAGAAGUCAACAUCAACAAAUACAAUCCACUAAGAGCUUCUUCAUAUAUUAAACUGCCAAAGGAAAUUGAACGUAAAAGAGCUGUUAUAAAUAUUCACAAUCAAGACAACAAGUGCUUCGCUUGGGCGGUGAAUGCUGCAUUAUUUCCUGCAUCUGUACAUCCAGAAAGAAUUUCAUCCUAUCCACAUUUUUCUACAGCACUGAAUUUUGAUGGUUUGGAAUUCCCCUUGAAGCUGAAAGAUAUUCCAGUGUUUGAAAAACUAAAUAAUGUGUCCGUUAAUGUGUUUGGUAUUAAUAGUUUAUUUAAAAAUGGUAAGACUGUUUAUGAAAUUGUAGGACCGUAUUAUUUCACUAAAUCUCGUAGAAACAUUCAUAUAAAUUUACUACUGGUAACUGAUGAUAGCGGAAAUAGUCAUUAUUGUUACAUUAAAAAUUUAGCUAGGUUAGUGUCUGCACAAAAAUCGUGCCACAAUGGUAGACCGUACAUAUGUGAUGGCUGCCUACAAUUCUUUAGAACUUCUGAACAUCUGGAAUCACAUCAGACUCACGACUGUAAUUUUCUUUGUACAAAAUUACCAACCACUGAUAUUAAAGUUAACAAAUUCGGUUUGGUAUUCAGAAAGGAAGGAUUAUAA